AUGGCAGAAGAAGAUAGGAUGAGUGGUUUACCCGAUGAAUUGCUAUGUGAAAUCCUGUCAUUUUUACCCUCAGAGGAAAUCCCGAGCACAAGCCUUCUCUCAAAGCGAUGGAGGCGAGUCUGGCUAGGGAUGCCAAAUGCAGAUAGAAUCAGUAUUUUACCUGAUGAACUGCUAUGUCGCAUCCUAUCUCUUUUGCCUGCAAAACAAAUCAUGGUCACAUCCCUUCUCUCAAGGCGCUGGAGAUCACUCCGUCCAAGAAUGACGGAAAUCAACAUUGAUGACACUAGCUAUAUCCAUGACCGCGACGCUUAUGACAGAUAUUAUCAUGUCAUCGCCUUGUUUUUGUUUGAAAUGAAAAUCCAUCAUACUAUCAUGAAAACGGUUACUAUUCUCUCUGCAUCUCCCUUCUUUAAUCCCUUACCUUUAUGGCUUGAUUAUCUUCAAGUUCAACAUCUCGAUGUAACUUCUUCCGCCACCCUUUGCCUUUGUGUACCAUAUAAGGUUCUAACUUCCACAGCUCUAGUUGUUUUGAAGUUGAAUGCCUUGACUAUAGACUAUGUUCAUAGAUCUUCUACUAAUUUGCCUUCCCUUAAAAUCCUUCACUUGACCCAAGUGCAUUUUCUAAAGCUUAAAUUUCUCAUCAAGAUUCUCUCUAUGUCUCUGCUUCUUGAGGAUCUGCUCUUGAAAGAUUUACAAGUUACAGACAACACUCUUGCUCAUGAUGAUGCUGCUGCAUUGAAACCCUUCCCUAAAUUGCUCAGAGCCGACGUUUCUGAGUCUUCUAUUUCUGCUUUUUUGCUGCCCUUGAAACUCUUUUACAAUGUCCAGUUUCUACGGUCACAAGUGCUGCUACAAACACUAGAACAAGAUUUUUCAACCACUCAAUUUCUCAAUUUAACUCACAUGGACCUUAUCUUUCAUGACGGAUAUUAUUGGAUUUCCGUAAUGAAAUUCAUCUGUGCCUGCCCCUCUCUUCAAACUCUCAUCAUUCGCGGCAAGAUUGGAGGAGGCUAUGAUGAUCACAAUAAUAAUUGGCCGCAUCCACACUUUGUCCCCCAAUGCAUUUCAUCACAUCUACAAAUGUUCUCUUUUAUUAAUUACGGAGGCAACCUAAGCGAGCUUCAAUUCACCAAAUAUGUUGUCCAAAAUGCAACUCUCUUGCGCAACGUCACCAUCUACACAAAUACCUCUUCAAAUCCACCCAAGGACCUCCAAAUCAUCAAAGAAUUACUCGAGGAUUCCAUUCCCCACCAACUUCAUUUUGAAUGGAUCAAAGAAUGA